UAACACUAGAGCUUGGAGGGACCAGUAGGCCGGGUUUAUAAACAAAGCACCAUGGCCCUCAAAUGAGAUUCGACACACUUCCGAUUGCUAUCGCACCCUUCCCUUCUGAUCAAUCCUGUCCACAAUGUCCCCCAUCCUCCCCAUCGACAACCCCAUCCUGCCCUUCUGGCGCACGGAACUCGACGAACUGGAUUCCCUCCGCACCACCCCCGACCUUCCCCAAGAGACCGACAUCGCCAUCAUCGGCGCCGGCUACGCGGGCGUAACGCUAGCCUACUACCUCCUGAAACAGCUCGGCCACGACGCCGGCACGACAUCCCCAUCGUCCCAUCCGACAAUCACCCUCCUCGACGCGCGACAGAUAUGCUCAGGCGCAACCGGUCGCAACGGCGGCCACCUCCGCCCCGACAUCUACGGCCACAUCCCGACCUACAUCGAGCGGUACGGGCUGGACGCCGGGGUCGAGAUCGCCGACUUCGAGUACGCGCACAUGCAAGCCCUCAAAGAUCUCCUGGCGGAGGAGCAGAUCGACUGCGACUUUAACAUCACGCGCAACAUGAACGUGUACCUCAGUGAGGACGGCGGGGAGCGCGCCCGCCUGGUCUACGAGAAGCUGCUGGCGCAGGGGGUGGCUGUCGCGAAGGAUUUGCACUAUACGUCGGCGAAGAACGCGGAGGGGAUCUCCGGCGUCAAAGGCGCCAAAGCCUGCCUCUCCUACACCUCAGGCACGCUGUGGCCCUACAAAUUCAUCCUGGGCCUCCUCCACAAGAUCGCCUCGUCCCCGGCGCUGAACGUGCAGGCCCAAACGCCCGUGACGGCGGUGACUACUACCGCCACCGAAGAUGGAACCACCCAGCACACCAUCCACACGGCGCGCGGCGUCAUCCGCGCCCGGAAAGUCGUCUACGCGACCAACGCCUACACCGGGGGAUUGCUGCCGCAGUACGCUAAGAACAUCGUUCCCUGCCGGGGCAUCUGCUCGCACAUCGCCGUGCCUGAAGGGUCGAGCGUGCCGUUCCUGCCGUACUCGUACGUGGUGUACACGAAGGAAGGCGGCGGGGGCAGUUACUUGAUCUCGCGGCCGGAUGGGAGCAUCAUUGUCGGCGGGGCGCAGUAUACGUUCAAGGACGCGCGGGAGCAGUGGUACAAUGUGGUGGACGAUGGGACGUUGAUUGAGCCGACGGAGCAUUAUUAUGAUGAUUAUAUGCAGAGGACGUUCCGGGGGUGGGAGGGGAGCGGGGCGUAUGUGAAGGAGAUCUGGACGGGGAUCAUGGGGUACUCGUACGACUCCCACCCGCACAUCGGGCAGGUGCCGGAGAAACCGGACCAGUAUAUCUGCGCGGGAUUCAAUGGACACGGCAUGCCGGUGGUGCUGCUCAGCGCGAAGUGUCUGGCGGAGAUGAUCGCGACGGGGAAGCCGUUCGAGGAGACGGAGACGCGUCUGCCCCGGCUGUUCAAGACGACGGCCGAGCGAAUCCACAAGGCGCAGACGGGGCCGGAGGGAGGGGAUAUCCUUGGAAAGUAGUGGCCAGUUCCCAUCCAUGAUGAUGCUAUCACUGCCCUGUUCUGUACCGUACAUAGCUACCACCGAGAUCACUCACCCGGAACCAAUUCCUCCAAGGAUAGAAGAGAAACCCCCCCAGCUACUCGGUAGAAU